AUGGCUGCCAAUCACGGAGCUGCUGUUGUGGGUACAGCCGGUACAGACGAGGGCAUGGAUCUGGUCAAGCGUAAUGGUGCCAGCGAUGUGUUCAAUCAUAAGUCCAGAGGAUAUGUGAAGGAGAUGAUGGAGAAAUAUCCAGAAGGUUUCGACUUGAUUGUCGAAAUGGCUGCCCAUCUCAACUUGAAGCACGAUUUGGAUAUGCUCGCUCGUAAUGGAAAAGUUGCAGUUGUGGGAAGCCGCGGUGAAACCAAAAUUGAUCCGAGGGCACUCAUGGGCAGAGAGACUUCUGUAUUCGGUACAGGAUACUAA